UCCCAACCGCUUUGAUAUUUAAUAUUUGUACAAUAUUCAAAUUAUAAAUAUGCCAGUUGAUAUUAAUAAUUUAACAGAAGGUUGGUUGGAAUUAGAGAGCGAUCCAGGUUUAUUUACAUUAUUAUUGGAAGACUUUGGGGUUGAAGGGGUGCAAGUUGAGGAAAUUUAUGAUUUACAAAAACCUUUAGAGGAUCCUGUGUUCGGUUUCAUAUUUCUUUUUCGUUGGAUAGAAGAACGUCGUGCAAGAAGAAAAAUCGUUGAACAAACCGAAAGUUAUGUUAAGGAUGAAGAAGCUGUUAAUAAGAUAUUUUUUGCACAACAGGUAGUUCCCAAUAGUUGUGCAACCCAUGCAUUAUUAUCUGUAUUAUUAAAUUGUCCGAACAUACAUUUGGGCGAUACAUUAAGUAGACUGAAAGUACACACAUCAGGUAUGUCUCCAGAAAAUAAGGGCUGGGCAAUCGGUAAUACACCAGAAUUGGCUUGUGCUCAUAAUUCACAUGCUAUGCCUCAAGCUAGGAGACGCUUAGAUCGGGCAUCUAGUGUCAGCUCAGGAAGAUUUACAGGAGAAGCAUUUCAUUUUGUGAGUUAUGUUCCAAUUGAUGGUCGCCUUUUUGAGUUAGAUGGACUUAAACCUUUUCCUAUUGAUCAUGGGCCUUGCAAGCCGUUAGAAAACUGGACUGAUAAAUUUAGAGUUGUAAUGGCUGAACGAUUAGGCAUGUCAACAGGAGAACAGGAUAUAAGAUUCAAUUUAAUGGCUGUUGUACCAGAUCGAAGAAUUGCAAUAACAAAUAAAUUGGUUAAAUUAAAAGAACAAUAUGAACAAGUUACAAAUACACUUUGUGUAGUAGAUGUAUCAAAAGAUUGCACAAAUUCAGAUGAUAACAAAUACGAAAGUGAUUUGGAUGAUAAAAUUGAAACAGACCCUUUAGAAAUGUCUGGAGAAUUAAAAACGGAAGAUAAUAUAUCAGAUUUAAAAGAGCCUAAUAUUGCAGAUGGAAUAAAUAAAAUAAUGUUAAGUACAUCAGCUGAAAAUGAACCAAAACUUCUUAAUGUUAAUGAUAAUGAGCAAAAGAUGCAGGAGGAAAAACAAGAGGAUAUAUCAUCUGAAUCUAACACUAAUGUGCAACAUAAUUAUACAAAUGCUCCGGCUGAUGUUUCAGCAAGCAAAGAAUCACAUUCCAAAACUGAACUUAAUGAAGACAAGCCUGAGACGUUCAUGGAAGUCAUUGAUGUGGAUGUUAUCGACAAUGAUUUUCCUGCAGAGGAUGAGAGUAGAGAUGCCGCGAAAGAACAAAACCUCAAAGAUUUGGAAAACCAAAUAGCGUCAUGCGAACAAGCUUUGAAGGAUGAGAAUGAUAAGAGAAACAUGUACAAGGUGGAUGACUGUAGACGUACUCAUAAUUAUGAUAACUUUAUUUGCACAUUUUUAUCAAUGUUAGCUCAGCAAGGAGCUUUAGCAGAUUUAGUUUCUCAGCAUCUUGUAAGUCCUAGAUGUAGUGGAAAUAAUUCUAAUGUAUCAGUUAAAAAAGGUACUAAAGGUAGUAGUAGUACUACUACAACGAAUCGUAGAUGUAGAGGGCGCACGAAAAGAAAAAAAAGAAAAUAAAAAAAUUUAAAAUAAAUUUGGUUUUUGAAU